AGAGAGAGAGAGAGAGAGAGAGACUGCAAUAUCAUUUGUGAAUCCCUCUCUCCGUGCUGCAGAUAGGGGCUGCCAACACAUGCGGUGCGUCUGCAGGUGAGAGAGGCGCGCGCUGAACACGCUGGACACAUCCAACCUCUCCUAAAAAGAAGAGAAGAAGGAAAAAAGAACACAGCGUCGGAUUUAGUUUUUAUUGUUUCCUUUCAACACAGCCUUAUUUUUUUUUCCUUAAUGCUUUUCAACCUCCUGGGUUGCAAACGGAGUUGUGGCUCGUUUAAAACCAGACUGUUCUGCUUGUUGCAAGUGACUUGGAAAAAAGGGAAGAAGAGGAAAAGCGGACAGGUCGUGUGCUGAGGGAGCUCUCCUGCGCAGCGGCUCUCAUCACCGCGUAAAAGAAAGAAAGAAAAAAAGAGUUGUUCUCUCACAUCUGUGGACGUUCCACCGGACUGAGGAUUAGUGUGCAGCCUCGCCCUUUAGAUUUAAAGAAAAUCCCCCAAACUGUGAGUAAAUGAUUCCAGAAGCAUGAAUUGAACGCACUUUUAUCUUCCGCUGAUCGGACUAUAAUAAGACUUUUUAAAGCGCUCAGACGCUGAGAUGGUCCGGAGCGCACAGAACUUCUCUGCGUGUUGCCUUAUGUUUUUAUUUUAUUACUAUUUUUGAAAUGAAGCUUUGAGAAACUAACACUCAGUGCUAAAGGAGAGGAGGAGAGGAGAGGAAAGGAGAGAGGAAAGCCCCGCUGCACUUGCUGCUUUUCACUGCAGCAGAAACCAGAGGAAGACUUCAUCCGGAGAAUGAAGUCUCACACAUCCCGAAGCGAAGGCUCUUAAUGACAUUUUUCUCCCAAAUCAACACUUCCUAUUAAUUUUUUGGACUUCUUUUUGCCUGUUUUUUUUCUCCCCCUCCUCCCCCAAAGGGUGAACAAUGAGGACUACUACUACUGCAGUGGACUAUUUUUACUAUUGCAUGCUCAUUUUGCAGCUGCUCGUGCAUCAGCCUGCUGCCAAGCAAGUGCUGCUGUACCGCCUGGCUGAGGAGGGACCCGCCGAUGUCAGGGUGGGCAACGUUGCCGCCGACCUGGGCAUAGUGGCCGGGUCCGGGGAAGUGACGUUCACCCUAGAGUCUGGCUCGGAAUUCUUCAAGAUAGACAACAUCACAGGUGAGCUGAGCACCAACGAGAGGCGCAUAGACCGUGAGAAACUGCAACAGUGCCAAAUGAUCUUUGAUGAAAACGAGUGCUUUAUAGAUUUUGAGGUGUCUGUCAUCGGACCGGCUCAGAGCUGGGUCGACCUCUUUGAGGGGAAAGUCAUCAUAUUAGACAUAAACGACAACACUCCGUCUUUCCCUUCCCCUGUGCUGACUCUGUCUGUGGAGGAGAACAGACCCAUUGGAACCCUUUAUCUGCUGCCCACAGCCACAGACAGAGAUUUUGGCAGGAAUGGAAUAGAGAGAUACGAGCUCAUUCAGGACAAUGGGGAGAACUCAAGGCGCAUGGGGUCUUCUGGGGAUUCGUACUCCGGCAAGAGGCGAUUUGAGGAUGGGGCGAGCAGGAGCAGUGUGUUUGAGCUGCAAGUUGCUGACACCACUGACGGGGAGAAGCAGCCCCAACUCAUCAUUAAGGGGGCCCUGGACAGAGAGCAGAGAGACUCCUAUGAGCUCACGUUGCGCGUGAGAGAUGGAGGAGAUCCCCCUCGCUCUUCUCAGGCCAUUUUGAGAGUGAUGAUCACUGAUGUGAAUGACAACAGCCCUCGGUUUGAGAAAAGUGUGUAUGAAGCUGACCUGCCUGAAAACAGCUCCCCCGGCGCCCCCAUCCUGCAGCUGAAAGCGACGGAUGCAGACGUGGGGGUUAAUGGUCAAAUCGAAUAUGUGUUCGGAGCGGCCACAGAGUCUGUAAGAAGGCUGCUGAGGUUGGAUGAGAGCACCGGGUGGCUGAGUGUGUUGCACCGCAUUGACCGUGAAGAAGUGAGCCAACUGAGGUUCACGGUAAUGGCCCGUGACCGAGGUCAGCCGCCCAAAAUGGACAAGGCCACAGUGGUGUUAAACAUYAAGGACGAGAAUGACAACGUCCCUGCCAUUGAAAUCCGAAAAAUUGGGCGCAUUUUYCUAAAAGACGGGGUGGCUAAUGUUGCUGAGGAUGUGGUGGUGGACACACCCAUCGCCUUAGUUCAGGUGUCGGACCGAGACCAGGGKGAAAACGGCAUAGUGACCUGCACAGUGGUAGGGGACGUGCCCUUUCAGCUCAAACCUGCKAGUGAGAUGGAGGGUGAACAAAACAAAAAGAAGUAUUUCCUCCACACGUCUGCACCGCUGGACUACGAGGCCACACAGGAAUACAAUGUGGUCAUAGUUGCUGUGGACUCUGGAAGUCCUAGUCUGGCAAGUAAUAACUCUCUUAUUGUGAAAGUGGGCGACACUAAUGACAACCCUCCCAUCUUCAGUCAGAAUGUAGUAGAGGUGUCCUUCCCUGAAAACAAUGCUCCUGGUGAAAGGGUGACAAGAGUGACAGCUGCUGAUGCAGACAGUGGGAAAAAUGCAGAAAUAGCUUAUUCCCUAGAUUCAUCAGUAAAUGGGAUUUUUUCUAUUGAUGCAGACAGUGGAGACAUCAGGGUAAACACCAUCCUGGAUAGAGAGCAAACAGAGCGCUAUGAAUUUAAAGUGAUAGCUAAAGAUAAGGGCAUAAACACCCUUCAGGGUUCUGCGACUGUGGUCGUACUCGUGGCCGAUAAGAAUGACAAUGACCCGAAGUUCAUGCAGGACGUAUUCACCUUCUAUGUAAAAGAAAAUCUUGAUCCAAACAGCCCAGUCGGCAUGGUUACGGUGAUUGAUGCAGAUAAAGACAAGAACGCAGAAAUGGGUCUUUUCAUUGAAGAAGAAGAGGAGAUCUUUUCUAUUGAGAAUGAGACUGGAACUAUUUUUUCCACCUUGUCGUUUGACCGAGAGCAGAAAACCACGUACACGUUUCGUGUUAAAGCCGUGGAUGGUGGUGACCCGCCCAGGUCUGCCACAGCUACAGUUUCACUCUUCGUCAUGGAUGAAAAUGACAAUGCGCCAACGGUCACCUUCCCAAUAAACAACUCUUUCACGCUGCUUCCUCCUUCCAGUGGCAUUAGAACAGUUGUUCGGGCUGUUGUAGCCUCUGAUUCGGACACUGGCAUUAACGCAGACCUGAACUACAGCAUCAUUGGGGGCAACCCCUUUAAGCUUUUUGAAAUUGACGGGGGCACUGGUGUUAUUUCACUAAUGGCAAAGCUGGAGCAGAAACACUAUGGCCUCCACAGACUUGUGGUCCAGGUGAAUGACAGUGGACAGCCUUCACAGAGCACCACCACACUGGUUCAUGUCUACGUUAAUGAAACUAUCUUCAACUCAUCCAUUGUGGAGGCCCAGGUGGCUAAAAGCUUGAGCACAUCUCUUAACACCAACAUUGCAGGUGACCCCAACUACGAUUUAAGCAAACAACGUUUAAGCAUCGUGAUUGGAGUAGUUUCAGGCAUUAUGACCGUCAUUCUCAUAAUUCUUGUCGUUGUCAUGGCACGUUAUUGCCGCCCCAAAAAUAAGAAUGGCUAUGAGGCUGGCAAGAAGGAUCAUGAAGAUUUCUUCACACCACAGCAGCACGACAAAUCUAAGAAACCCAAAAAAGAUAAGAAGAAGCAAAAGUCCAAACARCCUCUCUACAGCAGUAUUGUCACAGUGGAGGCCUCCAAACCCAACGGGCAGCGGUACGACGGCGUCAACGAGAAGCUUUCGGACAGUCCCGGCAUGGGCCGUUAUCGUUCGGUCAAUGGUGGGCCGGGCAGCCCGGACCUGGCACGGCACUACAAGUCCAGUUCACCGCUUCCCACUGUUCAGCUUCAUCCACAGUCACCAACAGCUGGAAAAAAGCACCAGGCAGUUCAGGACCUGCCUCCUGCCAAUACAUUUGUUGGCACCGGAGAUAACAUUUCCCUUGGAUCUGAUCAUUGCUCCGAGUACAGCACUCAAACCAUCAACAAAUACAACAAACAGCCGUUUCGCCGAGUGACCUUCUCGGUGGUGAGCCAGCCCCAGGACCCUCACCAGCAGGGAUCGCUGCAGAGCUGCUACGACAGUGGCCUGGAUGAGUCGGAGACCCCCAGCAGCAAGAGUUCUUCGGGCCCCCGGCUGGGCGCCCUUCCCCUGCCUGAGGACAGCUACGAGAGGACAACGCCGGAUGGCAGUGUCGGUGAGGCAGAGCACAUGGAAAAUGACUCCCGGCCGUUGCCUGACGUAGCCAUGACUGGCAAGUGCACCAGGGAGUGCAACGAGUACGGCCACUCGGACUCCUGCUGGAUGCCCGUGCGCACGUCGCCAGAGCGACGGCCAUCCAAGUCGACAUCCAACCCCCAACAACCAAAGCUUUCCACUUUCAUGACUGGAAAYGGCAGCAGCAGCAGUAGCGUCGAGCAGCCCGGCAGCCAAGAGACCCUUGCCAUGGCCGCCAUGGCCAACGGGGACCCCACAGCCGCUCACAUGAUGGGAGACCGCAAUCGCAACCUGCUCAACAAGAAGAUGGCCUCCUCCUCUUCCUCCUACGAGGCCUUUGGCUCACCUUCCUACAGCUCCGCGGGAGGUGUCGAGGAGACACUGGGACACCCCACUGAGGAGAUCCCCCUUGCACCCACUGGAGAAUACAAACCCACGUCCUGCGGUACCUUGACACGACGGGAGGUGUACCUGUGAGCUUGAAGACCUACAUGAAGCUCAAGCGCCGCAACCUGAGGCAUUUAAAUACAUUACUAAGGAUAGCUGCUUACCCAUAAUGUUACAGCUCUAGACAUUUUUUUUUGCCAAACAGAGUAGGACUAAACUUUCUCCAAAGACUUUUACGCAAAUGUCUUGCUGUAAAAUUUGARUGGAUAUACAAACAUCGUACCAUUUUAAAGUGCUGUAUACGGCCCUUAUGAGGAGUAGUAGAGGAGGAGAACUAUUCUACUGAUGAGUUGCGCCCUUGGGAGACAGUCUGCUGCCUGACAGUCAAUCUGUACAGUUAAUCAACUCAUUUUAGAUAUACAGCACACGCAUGAGUAAUCCAUGUUCCCAUCAGGGGUCCCUUUCUUUUAAAACACUGUAUAAAUGAACCCAUAUUUUGUUUUUGUUAUUUUCUCCCUGUUUGUUUUUUCGAAUCAAAGUUGUACAAGGAAACUGCUGACUUGUUUUUUUUUAAGUUACUCUGGAUAUGCCUUUUUAAUUUUCGAAAAAUGCAACAAACAGUCAGGCCAAGAUGCUCUGUAGUGAAUGGAUUCUUGUGGUUGACCACACUGGACCACGAAAUCUGUCAUCUUGAGUGUUUGCAGUUGAAGAUGCAAACCAAAAGUUGACCAACUCGGAGUCUUAAAAAGGAUCGGAAAAGACUAAGCUUUAAAGUACUCUGUCCUCUUUUUGAUAUGAAGACUCUUGGGUAGAAAUGGAAGCCAAAGGAAUUUGCUGCAAACUACACUUUGGCUGAACCACGACCCAGCUUAUGGACUACGAUGAACUAUGUGAUGACUGACCAACAAUGUGAGCGUUUCUCACAGGUGUCGAUCAUUGUACAUAAGCAUUGGACUAUAGUGACAGCGCUAAGUGCUCCCAUAUCCUUUUGUUCCCAGUUCCUACCUUUACGCACUCUCUCAUUAUUUGUCUUUGAUUGGCGAGAAUGAGACCAAACGCCUCCUGAGAAAUGCAAGACCUUAUGCCUACAAUCACAUCAACUCAAAGAGCACGGUGUUGUUCAGUUUUGGAUCACAUUAAGUGAAGUGGUAUUAUUUAUACCAAGUAUCUGCUUUGGUGAAGCAAACAUGGAGACCCAUAUGCAGAAACAGAUUUAUUUAGCCGAGGAGAUUUCUGCUGCUAUACUGAUCAUAAUUCUGGGUCACCGUGGUGUUUUUGUGAUAAGAUCGUGAUUACUGAUGGACGGUGGAAAUUUUGCAUAUGGACGUAUAUGUCUAUACAUCCAUCAUAGACUGAAAAGAAAAACCAUAAUUAUGUCCGAGUUGGUCCUAAACAGUUGCAAGGACAGUGUUUUGUACUUCUUUUAUUUAUUUUUUUUGUAUGUGUGUUAUAGGACUGAGCAAUAAAAAGCAUAAUCGUAUAUGCGGCCAACAAGCAUCAACCUCUUUUCCCACUCUUUCUUAAAGCCUUCAAGAUUCCAUUGGCCCUCACACACACACCUCUGUCAAAGAAUCCUUUAAACACUCGUUGUUGCAUUUCUUUGCAUGAAUGUAUGAAUCAGCUCCGUAAGAACAAUCAAAAAGCAACUUUUGUACGAGCAGACACCUGGAGGUGUUCAGCUCAUGCGCUGACGAAUUUGGUGUCAAAGUCAAACCAAAGCUUCCCAAACUGGAUGAAGCGUUCCCAUUUCACACAUAUAAAGAAAGAUGCUUUGUUGGACACCUUUUCCUUAUGUACCCUUUUUUUCAUUUUCUAAGGAUGGAUUGAUUGAUAAGAAUGUGAUGUCACAACAAAACACCCAUAAAACUGUCAGAGCUGAUGCUUAACACUCGAAAUGUUGAGAUGUUGUGCCUCUCUGUAUACUGUUUGGGUUUUUCUUUUUUUUUUCUUUGCAGCUGCACAGGCACAAAUCUCAUCACUGUAAUUAAAAAGAAUAWCAGAU